GCCGUCCUUUUUUAGUACUAUUUUUUUGUAACCGUCUGCCCAAAUUCUACUGACAUUUAUGUGUAUAUAUAUAAACAAAAUUCAACUAUUGGAUCUCCUUUUUCUCUAUCUCGUAAAUGACAAUCCAAGAAAUUUAAAGAACAAAAAAAAAAAAAAAUGAAGAGUGGAGAGCCAUGAAAACUGUAACUGUAACCACCGUGCUCUCCAUCGCCACGUCAGCUUUUACCUAUCCCGGUGUCUUCCGAUUAUUCUAUUUUUUAAUAAAGAACAAUUAAUAUUACGCAUUCUUUUUUGCUGUUUGGAACCACCGUACCUGGCCAUUCUCCGAUCAAAACAUUUCCUACGGCGUUCGUCUUUAUGAGUAAUCCUUCUGUGAGAAACCUUUCUCCUUCCUCUUCCGCUCCUAUAUCCCGAUCCAAGUCGACCCUACCCUUGGACCAAAUUCAGUGCCCGUGCAAUCCAAGCCACCAGGUUCUCUAUCAUCGUAGCAGAAGCGUGAAUUAUUAUAAUCGGAUGAAACAGAAGAACGGGGUGUCGUCGGGACGAGAGGUGACGGCGGCUCUAGUGGAUGUGAAGCUAAACAACAUUGUAGGGAACGGGAUAUCCGGAGUGCUUUUCAAAUGGGUGAAUUACGGGAAAGGUUGGAAACCGAGGUGGUUCGUUUUGCAAGACGGAGUGUUAUCAUAUUAUAAACUCCAUGGACCUGAUAAGAUCGUCGUCAGCCAAGAAACGGAAAAAGGAUGCAAAGUUAUCGGCGAAGAGUCUCUUCGUAUUAUAACCAGUUGUCGCAAACCCAUUUGUCAUCAAUCCCUCACCCGUCGCAAACCCUUCGGUGAAGUCCACCUAAAGGUUUCCUCGAUUAGGGAAAGCAAAUCAGAUGACAAGAGGUUCUCGAUUUACACCGGAACGAAAAUGCUUCAUUUACGAGCCGAGACGCGGGACGAUAAGGUCGCGUGGAUUGAAGCGCUUCAGGCGGUUAAGGAUAUGUUCCCUAGGAUACCUAAUAGCGAGCUCAUGGUUCAGGUGAACAAUGCGUCGGUUUCCACGGAGAAGUUGAGGCAACAGCUGAUGCAGGAAGGGGUAAGCGAAUUGGCUAUCCAAGAUAGCGAGCAGAUUAUGAGGACGGAAUUCUUAACAAUGCAGAAGCAGAUGCUGUUGCUUAGACAGAAACAGUAUCUCCUCAUCGAAACCUUGCGUCAGUUAGAGGUAUAUGAAACAAAGGUUUUUACUUCUUUUUUGCAAUCUUCUGCUAAGAAAUUGCUAGUUUGUACUCUUAUUUUGCAGGCAGAAAAAGUUGAUCUGGAAAAUACAGUGGUCAACGAGAGCCAAAACAAGUCGAAUCAAGGGGCUUACGCCAUGGUAAAGCAUGACAGAAGUGAAGGAAAUACAACCGACUCAGAUGAUGACCCUGAAAGAGUUGAUGCUGCAGAAGAAGAAACUGAUGAUGAUGAUCAUAAUUUCUUUGAUACUCGUGAAUUUUUAUCAUCGAGUUCUUUCAAAGACAAUGGAUCUGAUGUCCGGGCAUCAUCUUUCUCUUCAGAUGAUGGUCUUAAUACUCUUGGUUCUGAAGAUGACACUGAUCCUCAAAUAAAAUCAGUUGGAAAUAGCUUUCCUUACAUUAAACGGCGAAAAAAAUUGCCUGACCCUGUUGAAAAGGAGAAGGGUAUAAGUCUUUGGUCAAUGAUUAAGGAUAAUAUUGGGAAAGACCUUACAAAAGUUUGUCUUCCUGUUUACUUCAAUGAGCCUCUCUCUUCUCUUCAAAAGUGUUUUGAGGAUUUGGAAUAUUCAUAUCUACUUGACCGUGCUAAUGAAUGGGGGAAAAGGGGGAAUAGCCUCAUGAGGAUUCUUAAUGUGGCUGCAUUUGCUGUGUCUGGAUAUUCUUCAACAGAAGGAAGAAUCUGCAAACCUUUUAAUCCAUUAUUAGGGGAAACAUAUGAGGCUGACUUUCCAGAUAAAGGCUUACACUUCUUCUCAGAGAAGGUCAGUCAUCAUCCUACGAUUGUAGCAUGUCAUUGUGAGGGUACAGGGUGGAAAUUUUGGGGUGAUAGUAAUUUAAAGAGCAAAUUUUGGGGUCGCUCAAUUAUGCUUGAACCUGUUGGUGUUUUGACCUUGGAGUUUGAAGAUGGAGAAGUGUUCCAAUGGAGUAAGGUUACCACAUCAAUAUACAAUCUCAUACUGGGAAAGUUGUACUGCGAUCACUAUGGUACCAUGCAAAUAAAAGGGAAUCGUGAAUAUUCAUGUAAGUUGAAAUUCAAGGAGCAAUCUAUUGUAGACAGAAAUCCUCACCAGGUACAUGGUGUAGUUCAAGAUAAGAAUGGAAAGACAGCAGCUACGUUAUUUGGAAAAUGGAAUGAGAGCAUGCAAUAUGUGAAUGGAGAAUGUUCUAUCAAGGGAAAAGGGCAAGAGUCUUUAUCGGAAGCCGAUCUACUUUGGAAGAAGAGCAAGCCUCCUAAAUUUCCCACCAGAUAUAACUUAACACGUUUUGCCAUCACAUUGAAUGAACUCACUCCUGAUCUAAAGGAAAAGCUACCCCCUACUGAUUCAAGGCUGAGACCUGAUCAGAGGUUUCUGGAAAAUGGGGAGUAUGAAAUGGCAAAUUCAGAGAAGCUACGGUUGGAACAGCGGCAACGUCAGGGCAUGGAUUUAGAUCACCGUGAAAUUCUUUCUUUGAGUUUUUAGGGAACUAUGAAGCGAAAAGACGAACUAAAGUUGCUUUUUUGCUCAUUCCAAGUUUUAGACUCCCAAUACAGAGUAAAAGCUUAAUGACAUAAAGACACCAAAGCUUUCUAGAACUGACUAGAAAAUGCCAAUGAGGUAGUAAAUGUAAAAAUCUUAAAUAAAUGCAUAUGGAGGUAUAGCAGUAGCAAGACCUGAUAUGAAUGUUUAAUGUUUUGGAUUUACUCAAUUUGUUCUGAACGGUUGGACUCAAGGCAACCGUUUGGAGAGAAUAUGAGCUGAGCCAAACAUGUACCAUACACAUUAAGAAGCCAGACAUUUUCUUUAAAGUUUUCAUAAUGCACCUAGCAACUGGCCCAACCCAACUGCUGACUUGGACGCCAAUGGGGAUUGCCCAUCAUCUUUGUUUCUUUGUCCAAUCUUAGUUUUGCAGAUGCAUAGGCAGUGAUUUUAUCCUAGACCCUACAUGAAAACGGUUUAGUAAUCAUUUGUUGUGGGUAAACUAAGAAAACUACCAUGUUGUGAUCAUGACUGAGUAGGAUGAGCAAUCUAGAGAUCAACCUAACCACGUCAUGAGUGUUUCUUUUUUGUUAAUCUUAGAAAUGGACUUGUAGGCGUCUUUGCUCUAAAUAUCCUUUCCAAUGUUGGAAUUCAGAGAACAGCAGUUUCUGGAUUUGUAAGUGAAUGAAACAGUGCUCGAUAGCUAAUACCAAAAACGCUAUUACAACUACUGUUUUUUUUUUUUUUGGUUUGUUUACAACCCUCACUGCGAUACUUGUUAUGAGUUGAGUCAUAUUGCAGGUAUAUUAUAGUUUGGUCACUAGGGAAAAAAAAAACCCUUACUGAAAUGUUUAACGAAAUCCUGUUCAGUUUUCUGGAUUUGCAUGAAAGGAAUUAGCAAAUAGGUUAAUGGUUGCAUGUGGUCUCAUUUGUACAUAUGAUUGGAUGGGGGAAUCAGGCUCGGAAGAUGCAAGAGAGAGGUUGGAAGCCAAGGUGGUUCGCAAGGGAGAAAAACAACGAUACAUACCGUUAUGUGGGUGGAUAUUGGGAGGCUAGGCAGCAGGGAAAGUGGGAUUCAUGUCCAGAUAUUUUUGGCCAAA